AGCAGCUUCGCAUUUUUCCGAUGGCACCGAUAAGCCAUGGAACUCAGUUUUUGGAGCUGCACCUGCAAUGACAGCGGCAGCGGUGUACUUUUAAAGCAGCGCAUUCCAGAGGUGGCCCUGUUUCACGGCUGCACAUUGGAAGCUUGGUAUCACAAUGUGAAUGGUUUGAUCACGUUGAAGGCUAAUCCCUCAAUACCCGCCUUCCUGCAGCAGUUGGGUACGACCUCCUUGGGUCCCUCGGCUCCGGCCUCGAUCCUGCGCUUUGAGAGUUCGCUGGGCAAGUCGCGUGAAGGGAUUCCUACUCAGAGUUUGGUGGCGCAGGUCUUGUCUUUGCAGAAGACCGGUGAAUUGCUGGAGCGAGUAGCACUGGAAGAAACACCCACCCUAGAAUCUGGAAAUUUGUCCGGACUGUGGACCUUGCAGAGCUAUGUGGAGCCGCGCUACGGCAUCCGCAUCCUCUCACUCUACUCCUGCGAUGCGCAGUUGGAGGAAAGGAGCGAUAUCUUUUCCCAUCGCUUUCGUCCCACCUACGAGCCGAGCGCCACGACCAUUGAGGAAACGGGUCCCGACGGGCCGAGAGAGCUGGAAACGCCGUACAGACAAGCCAUUGAAUCCAAGACUCUUGGCAUAGUACGCUUUGCUCGAGAGUAUCACAACUUGGAUUUGGAUGGUACGAUGCUGGAAUUCAUCUUCGAUUUGCGUGGGCAGAUUGUGUUGCACGGCUGUUGGGCCAUGUCCCUCUGCAACCAGCUGGGUUUUCGGCGGCUGCGUCCAGCCUCAGCACAGCCGGGUGUCAUUUGGCGCGAGCCCAAGGCCUUCCCGGUGCCCAAAGUGGCGCCACAGUGGCCCCCUGCUGUUUCCACUGGCUCUCGAGGGCCGCCCCUGCGGCCGGCCAAGAGAAGCGCGUCGGUGACAGGAAUAUUUUCAGAGAUGGCAGAGAAACAGCACUGCCCAUCGAUGUGCGAGUUUCUGCUGGAAUUCUGGCAAGCCGACGGCUUCCUGGGUGAAGUGGCCUUUCAAUGCCAUCCUUCGGAGCAAAGUGAUCUUCGAGUGUUGAAACUCACCCAGCAGCGGCCCUUUCAAAGAGCUGAUGGCAGGAAGUUCAUGAGAGAACCCCCUCCCCAGGACGGAGCAGUAGCUGUGGUGUCCACCUCGUGGUCCGACGGCGGUUGGCUCAACUUCAAACUGGGCCGCGCAGAGCACCUGGCGACCAAGGAGUCGGAUGCACAGGUCAAUGCCAUCCUGUGGCUGCGGCAAGGUCAAGAGUAUGUUCCUGUUUGGAGCUCUGGCGAUGCGGAUUCGGUGGAAGAAUUCAUCGAUGGAAAAUGGUGCUGGGUGCACGUUUGGGGAGGUGAGAACGUGGAAAUUUCGCUUCGUCACGCUGGCACCAGCACACCCCGACCCUCCAGUACAACACCUCGCAGCAUUCCGAAGUUGGAUGUCGAGGGCGCCGCCACGAACCCGGGCGCCGAGACGGUGAAAACGCCCCAGGACCAGGUCUGUGGCGCGACCUUCGCGGCGCACUGGGGUAUGAGUGAAGAAGGGGCGAUGUGUGGCCAUCAGCUGGCCUUUCAAGUGUGUCAGCGCUUCAAGCUGGGUCGAAGCACCCGUUCUGGUCUUCUGAAGUGUUUGGCCGAGCGUGUCGCGAACUUUCACAACAUGAACCGAGAAUGGGAGAUCUUUGUGCAAGCCAUGAAGGUGAAACACCACGAAGCUGAGAGGGAACUGCAGCACCAAGAAAAGAUCUUUCGUGAAGCCAUGGAAAAAUAUGAUUCCAGCGUGGACAUGUUCCAACGUUCCUUGGCAUCCUGCACUCGGCGGCAUCUCUGCGAAGAGGAAGAUUUCCGACUUCGUGAGGAUGAGGAUGUUGCCGAGGCCACUCAGGUGAAAGAAAGGAUGGAGGAGCAACAGCAGAAGCUCAUGGAGUUCCAACUGCAGGAGGAACAAUUUCAGAUCUCCUUGGAGCAAGUGCGAAGCAAAUACAACGACCUCGUUGCUGAAGAUGCGCGACUGCACUCACAGCUGCAGGAGACGAGGGAACGACGCCUCUACCAGCAGGCGGAGCUACUGCGCCAGCGGCACUUGCAGGAUGAUCUGGCGGAAUUGAAGGCGCUGAAAGCGAAGCUGAUGAAGUUGCAGCGGGCCUCCAAAACGGAGCAGAAACUGACCGCCAAGUUCGAAGACUAUCUUCGAAAGGUGCCGGGCAUGGCAUUGGUGGCAUGCAGCGGUUGACCUUCAUGGGAAUGGUGGCAAACCAAGAUGCAAAGACCUUGCGCACUGGUGGUGGGUAUAUCCUGAACAGCAUGGCCAAGGUUGAAGCACAAGCCUUCCUCCGUGAACUGCGGCUCUGAGCGAAAUCAGCUCUGAGUCACUGAGUCGAGCCAGGGGGAAAGGCCGUCAUGAGCCGUCAUGCGUUGUUGC